AUGGUCAUAGGCCUCAUACCAACAGCAGACGACAAUAAAAGUCCAGCACAGGUUCCGCCCGGUGACGGUGCUGGUAAUACAGACAGAAAGUUGUUAGUUCACCGCUCAAGAGCAAAUGACGACGUAUUAUCAUCUCGUCCUUCUAGUCGACAAGCUGCAGUGACGGAAAUAACAUCAUUAGACCUGAGACGCCCGAUGACUACCGCCACUUCUGCAAUUCGAAAACGACAUUUAUCAUCUCACGAUCCUAAUCGGGUCGAUAAAGAGCUUAAUCAUCACUAUGUGGAUCCAUUUGAAAUCUAUCGUGCACAUCCUAAUCGGGUCGAUAAAGGGCUUAGUCAUCACUAUGUGGAUCCAUUUGAAAUCUAUCGUGCACAUCCUAAUCGGGUCGAUAAAGAGCUUAGUCAUCACUAUGUGGAUCCAUUUGAAAUCAAACGUGCACAUCCACCAGAUGAUGCUAGUAGCGAAAAACAUAAGCAUAAACAUGGACGUCACCAGGCGACGCAAACAGAUCUACUAGACGCCGAAUUUAAAGAAUUUCUACGUUUUCGACAAAAGAAAAUUGAAAUGAAAACUGUUUCUGUACAAACAGAUCUGUUAGGCACUAACAUUGUGGUAAAAACAGAUCCUUCGGCAUCGAUCAAACGAAAAGAAUCCGUUGCAAGUUUCGAAUCUGAUUAUUCUACGUCGGACUUUCUGCCAUCUUCUUCAGACUCAUUUUCACCUGCUUACACUGUAUCUGAAAAGCAGGAUGACAGUGAAAACAAUGAUGAUGCUUCCGAAGCUACCACACAGAAAGUAUCCACUACGAAAAAAGGACAACAGACUAACCGUCGUGAUGAAGGUCUUCCAUCAGCUAUUUCAACUCCCCUAAUUACUCCAUCCAUAGUCAGCACUGCUGAGCAGCUCGAUAACACCGCCAAACCAGUGCACGCUACGCACAUCUCAGAUGCAUUUAGCACCGAAUUGUGCAGUUUACGACAAAGUGCUAUCGAUAACAGAUCAUAUCGAAUGGUAGUGGAUUCAUGGAAACCUACAUCAAUGAGUCAACUAAUUAGUUUAGUGAAAGACUAUUCGACUGGUAAAAAUCUGGUUGAAAAAGCAUGGCUUAUUUUCUAUUGGAUUUCACAAAAUAUUGAAUAUGAUACUGAAUCAUAUUUCAGUGGUAAAAUACCCCAUAAAAGUGCGAACGAUGUGUUUCUUUCAAAGAAAAGUGUUUGCGGUGGUUUUGGAAGUAUUUUUGAGCAGUUGUGUAAUGGAAUCGGACUAAAAUGUGUCAAAAUCAGCGGAUAUGCUAAAGGUUAUAGCUAUCAGACAAAGAAAACAUUCGACCGUACAAAUCAUGCAUGGAAUGCUAUUGAAAUUGGACGUUUUUGGUACUUGGUUGAUCCUACAUGGGGUGAAGGAUAUUUGCAGGAAAAGCAAUCAAAGAAAAAACUUAUACCAUACUACUUUCUUGUUCGACCAGAACACUUGGUCUACACCCAUUUACCGGAAGAUAGUAAAUGGCAGUUACUCCCUCAACCAAUAAAUAUGCAACAAUUUCUCGAUUUACCCGAACCGUGGCCAGCGUAUUUUGAACUGAAAUUAGAACUUGUGACCAAAACUCCAACAGGCAACGUCCACUUAAAAGAAAAUCAUUCAUUCGUUAAAAUUGUAUUACGUUGUCCAGCAGACGUUCAUCUUCUUUGCUCAAUAAAGCAAAAGGAACAGAAGGUAAUCGGCGGUGAUCUUAUACAAUAUGAUCAUGUAAAGAAUGUGUGGGAAUGUUUGUUUGCACCGAAGCUUGGUGGUCUGCAUGAACUGAUGAUCUAUGCCAAAAAACUUGGCGCAAAGGGCAGCUUCGAAGGUGCAAUAAGAUUUACAUUGAAUGCACCAAUUGAAUUGAAACCUUGCAUAUUUCCAAUAACAUAUAAUUCAUUUGUGGAAAAAAACUGUAGAAUUUACGCACCACUCGAAGGUGUUCUUAAAAGUGGAUCUAGAGUUACCAUACAUUGUCGUAUUCCAGGCGCAAAACGAGUACGCUUGAUAUUAGAUGAUAAGACAUGGUUGUCUGAAGAUGGAUAUGCGGAUGGCAUACUAAAGCGAGAAAUAACAGUUCCGAAAAAAGAAGUAACAAUAAAUGUACAAUACGGCAAUGAAUCAAAUUAUACUACGUUGGUUAAGUACACUGUUAAAUGA